AUGUAGUUCGGUAUGGACACUUCCGAGGCCCAGCCGCCUCGGCCUCGGCGCUGAGGACUAGAGGGCACCGGAGCCGGGAACGGGGGCAGGUUCGGAAGGACUUUCCUGCUGCGGUGGCGUCGAUUCCGGUCCAAGUGUGGGGCUACGUUGGAGGGGUACCCUCAUGAAGGAAGUCACAUCCCUGUGUGACACCGCCCCCGUGGCAUCCUUGGCUCUGGUCCGGUGUCUGGCUGAUGUCAGUGACCUGGCUCAUGAGUGGUGGAGAAAUUGAAAGUGCCAUGGGUCUCAGGAACAAGACUUGUGUGAGAUAAGAAAGAAGAGGCCUUAGGACUUGGGGUGCAUUCCCAUCUUUGACCAGAGGUUCAGAGCAUCAGGACAGAGAGAAGUCACAGAGAGAGCAGAUUUCCCAGGACUGGGGGAAGAUGAUCAAGUCACAGAUAUCGUUUGAAGAUGUGGCUGUGAAUUUCACAUUGGAGGAGUGGCAGCUGCUUAAUCCUACUCAGAAGAUCUUGUACAGAGACGUGAUGUUGGAGAACUAUAGCAAUCUAGUUUUAUUGGGUUAUCAAGUUAUCAAACCUGAGACCAUCUUCAAGCUGGAGCAAGAAAAGCCAUGGUUAUUAGAUGAAGAAAUCCUAAGUCAAAACUUCUCAGAAAAAGUCUGGCUAGAUAAUAAUCUCAAAAUGUGGCAUCAGGAUAAUCAAGACAAGCUUAAAAGUUUGGAGAGAGGCCAUGAAUAUGACAUCUUUGAGAGAAUGUUUCAUUUAGGCAUUAACUUUGAUCAUUUAGGAAUGAGAUCCCAUAAAUGUGGCACAAGUGAAAAAAGUGUGAAGCAUCCUUUUGAUUUUCUUAUUCCAAAAAGUAACUGUGAAAGAAAGAAACUUGAUGAGCUUAAUAGGAAAUUAUUAUUUUGUAUUAAACCUGCCAGAACUUAUGGUGGAAUAAAAUACUCUGAUGGCAAUACAUGUAGAAAAGUCAGCAGUAAAGAGCCAGGACUCAUUAUGAGCCAUAUACCACACACAGGAGUCUGUUUGUGCAUGGAAUGUGGCAAGGUUUUUAAUAAAAAGUCACAGCUCAUUAUACAUCAAAGAACUCAUACAGGAGAGAAGCCCUAUGGAUGCCGGGACUGUGGGAAAGCUUUCUCCCAGAAGUCAUUGCUCACUAUUCAUCAAAGGACUCAUUCAGGAGAAAAACCAUAUGGGUGUGGGGAAUGUCAGAAAGCUUUCAGUAGGAAGUCACUGCUCAUUUUACAUCAGAGAACUCACACAGGAGAGAAGCCCUAUGGCUGCAGUGACUGCGGGAAAGCCUUCAGCAGGAAGUCACAGCUUAAAAGACAUCAGAUAACCCAUACGAUAGAGAAGCCCUAUGGCUGCAGUGACUGUGGGAAAGUCUUCUCCCAGAAAUUAAAGCUCAUUACACAUCAGAGGACACACACAGGCGAGAAGCCCUACAGAUGUAGUGAUUGUGGAAAAGCCUUCUUUUGGAAGUCACAGCUUGUUACUCAUCAGAGGGUUCAUACGGGGAAGAAGCCAUAUGCCUGUAGUGAGUGUAAAAAAGCCUUCAGCAGGAACUCACUCCUCAUUAGGCAUCAGAGGAUCCAUACAGGAGAGAAACCCUAUGAAUGCAGUGAAUGUGGUGAAGCCUUCAUCAGAAAACCACAACUUGUUAAACAUCAAAUGACUCAUACAGGAGAGAAGAACUAUCAGUGCAGUAAUUGUGAGGAAGCCUUCUUUAAGAAGUCAGAACUAAUUAAACAUCAAAAGGUUCAUUUAGGAGAAAAACCCUAUGGAUGUGUUGAAUGUGGAAAAACCUUCUUUGGAAAGUCACAGCUCCUGACACAUCAAAGAACUCACACUGGAGAGAAACCUUAUGAAUGUAGUGCCUGUGGGAAAGCCUUCACUCAGAAGUCCAGCCUGGUGUCCCAUCAGAGGACACAUACAGGGGAGAAACCUUAUGAAUGCAGUGAAUGUGGGAAAACCUUCAGUGAGAAGUCAAGUCUCAUUCACCAUCAGAGAACCCAUACUGGAGAAAAACCCUUCGAAUGUGGUGAGUGUAGGAAAGCUUUUGCCUGGAAGCCACAGCUUCUUAGGCAUCAGAGAAUUCAUACAGGGGAGAAACCCUAUGGAUGCAGUGAAUGUGGAAAGGCAUUUGUUCAGAAAGUACAGCUCAUUAAACAUCAGAGAAAUCAUACAGGAGAGAAGACCUAUGGAUGCAAUGACUGUGCAAAAGCUUUCUUUGAGAAGGCACAGCUCAUUAUACAUCAGAGAAUUCAUACAGGAGAGAGACCCUAUAAAUGUGAGGAAUGUGGGAAGUCUUUCACUAGGAAGUCACACCUUAUGAGGCAUCAGAGGAUCCAUACAGGGGAUAAGUACUGUGGAUGCAGUGAAUGUGGGACUGUCUUCCACAGGAAGGCGCAGCUCCUGAUUCAUCAGAGAAGUCAUAUGCUGUAG